AUGAGGUUGUCUAUUUGCUGGGUGAUUCCAUUGUUCACAUGUUUCAACUAUAUCGAAUCCAAGUCCACAAAAUUGAAUUCGUCUUUAAACGUUUGCACACAAAGUGAGAAAGCUGAGAUAAAUGCGAAGUGCACCCCUUAUGUGAACAAUUUGAUGAAUUUAACGAAUGAAUAUUCAAACAUUCAAGUUACAUCAGAGAUCGCAAAAAAUAUCAAUACAACUUGCAACAAGAUACCGACAUGUUUUGGUCAAUUCAAUUGCACCGAGGCUCAAAAAAACAAAGAAACUUACGAAAGGCAAUGUGAGAGAAUUGAAUUCACGUACUAUGAAAUGAUGGAUUGUGUUUCGAAAAUGUACAAAGUGUUUUACCGCAGAAGCAACUACUGUAUCUAUCACUUGGAUUUUUUAAGGAGAGAUCCGGAAGAUCGCCGUAAUGCAUACGUCCGUGGAAAAGAAUGUGUUAAAGAAAUUGCUUUAGGAAUAAAAUGUGACGAGGAAGCAUUGGAAUAUCUAGAUUCACAAUAUGAAAGAUUUGUGGAUAUUAUGAGCACUAAACACCACGGCCAUAAAAACGAUUCUUUGUUCCAUGAAUUGGUAUCAAAACGGUGUGAUCCUGUGAAGGACAAAAUGAAUGAAGAAAUAAUUGUUUUGAAAAGCGAAAUGAAGUCCUCAAUAGAACUGACGACUCAUGAAAAAACCACAGAAGCAUGGCGAACCUUUGAGAAGAAACGCUGGUCCAAGCCGAAAUGUUGUUUUGAUUGAUAAAAUUUAUUUCUUCGAAAACCUGUAUUCAGUUCAAAUUCAAACAUAAUAUGUACAACUACAACACUAUUUUUAUCUCAGCUUAUAUUUUUGGAAAUAAAUUCAUUUCUAAAAUAACGUAACCGGAUUUUGAAACCAUUCGAGUUUCACAAAAAAACCUUUCAGACCUGCAUGGAGACCUCUUACUUUUCUGAAGACCACACCAACAAAACCGUCGAACUUUGCAAUGUGAUGUAUGAAGACGCUUUCAAUCUCUGCUUAAAUGAAGUAAAACCUCGGGAAGACGCGAAUAGUUUUCCGUGUUUCAUUGAUGGUAGGUUUCAUAAUCCACAGCUAAAUACAGAAGAAUUAAAAAACAAGGAAUGCAUGCAAUACGUCAUGACUGGCAUGUGUGGAGAUGGAAUUUUGACGAAUUUCGAUAUCAAUUGGGACAAUUACCAAAAAAACACCAAUUCAACAGAAGGCAUUUGA